UUAUAUAAUGUAUCUUUUUAAGCGUUAAUGAAAUCAGCGUAAUUGAAAUUUAAAAAAAAACUGCUAGAUAAUAACUAUAUAGAAACUAUAGAAUUCCAAUGAUAUGACAGCUGAUCAUCAACAAUUGAUCGCACGAUACCACGUGUCCUCUUUCCUCUCAUAUAAAUAAUUCUCAUUCUAUAAUUUAAUAAAUGACUUCUAUCAUAUAUGUAUACACACGUAUCAUAAUUUCCGUGAAGAGAAAAAGCGCGGUGCGGAUGGUGGUAUCGCGGGCACGUGUGUGUAAAUAAAGCAUGAUGCGUGCAAUUUAUCGCACGUAUAUAAUUAUUCGUUGUGUUUUCUUUUCACGAAAGACUGACUCGCGUCGCCCCGACGGUACAUCUCCUCAAAGUAGCUGAACUUAAUUUGAGUUCAGUCAGUAUAAGCCAGCAUGCGUCGUCGAUGUACGUCUCAUCGGUACGCGAUACGCGACGAUCUCGCGUGAGCUAUCAUCCGGAUUACUUGCACUCGGAUGACCUACGAACGGCGAUCCUCCACGCAUUCAUAUGGCUGUGAUAGCUAAAAAUUAUAUUCUGGGCAUGAGCAUUUUGUGCAAUACAUAAAUAACUAUAAAGUAAUGUGAGAAAAAUGGUAAGCAAUUUACCACAAGAAUUCAGAAAAUAUCAGCGGAAUAGGAAUCAGUUACGUCAUAUAUUUGAGGAGACACAACGUACAUUGGAACUCAUAAAGCUUGAAAACUUUUUUCCUGGAGAGAACAUUAUUGAGGAAUUAUUGCCUCCCUUGAUCUUGGAUAGAGUGACACAUAUUCUUAAUAACUCUCCAGCAAUAGUCAUCUUUGGGCAAGAUAAUAAAUCCAAAGCUUCACUGGUCAAUAAAUUACUUUCCACUGAUAUUUUGCCAUUGUCUAAUGAUUCAUGGAGAUGGAUCAAGAUCUCUUACGGUCAUACGAAUCAUGUUAGUCUUACAUUAGGUUUAGAAUAUGAAGUAGUUGAAACAUUACGGGCCAAUGAAGAAUCAUGGACCACACUUCCCAUCGAAGAUCUAGCAAAAUCAAUAGGUGAAGAUAUCAAUUGUCCAACAGUACUGGAAGUGAAAUUAAAUCAAGCAAUAUUGAAAGAAGGUGUUCAAAUAUUUAUUGUUCCAAAUAAUGGCGUGGUAAAAAUCCUUGCUAAAGAUUUACUCAAGAUUUUACCUAUAUUUCUUUAUGCUCUUGGAGAGCAACCAUUGACUGAGGAAAAUUUGGAAGAAUUGAGAGAUUUGAAAGAAACUUAUCCAUAUAACCCAAUUUUAUUCAUAUCUUCAUUAGCGAAUAUUUCAUUGGAUGGCACAGAUGCGGAAUUAACUGAGUCUGAGCAACAUAGUCUGCAAAGUCGGACAGAAGUGCCAAGUGUUUCUACAGAAUCCAAGAAUAACGAUAGUAUUAAUAUUGACAAAAUGAAUUCACUUGGUCUAAGAUGGCUAGAUCAAUUAAGCAGUUUAGGAUUUCUAGGCAUGGAAGAGUCUGUGGAAGUUCACCAAUUAACGUGGCUUGUCGGCGAGCAAUACGUUAAUAACUCGAGCGAUCUAGUGGAUUCAUGCAAAAAGACAGACCGCGUUUUACAUUUUACAUGUGGCUGCUUGCAAAGUUAUCUGAUUAAUGCCAGCACUUAUUUGAAUGAAAUACACACGACAAGUCUACGUAAAUUUAUUUUAAGUGCAUUUGACAUGGCACGAAAAAUACAAAUCACUCCUAGAAGAAUACAGUACGCUCAACAAAAAGAAAAUGAACUUUAUGCUAAUCUAAUGAAGGUUGUUAAUGAGCAGCAAAUGGAAUUAACAGAAUUAAUACAAUGUAUUAUUCAGGAAAUGAUAGACGAUAUAUCAAAAUCUACCAGUAAUUUUUCCCAAUAUCAAACUGUUCUUGUCGACAAUAAUGAACAAACAGAAUGGACAGUUACUGUUCGCGUCGCGACAUCGGAAGUUCAGCGAUUCGUACUGGGCCGUUUGGGCGAAAAGGUCGCAAAGAAGCUCGUUAACUCGGUUAAUUGUCUUCAAGAGACUUUUAUCGGAACUCUUCAACGUUGCUUAAUAAGUCUUGAAAAGACUUAUGAACACGACAGUAGUCUGUUAGCUAGCGAUGCCUUAAAACAAAUACUUUCUGCAGCAUACAAUGUAGAAUUACACAAUUCGUCACCAUCCUUAGUGCAUUCAUUCUUGGAAAGAUUGAGACAGCUCUUUAAGUCCUUACCGCUACCGUGGACACCAACCCCGACUCUGAACGCUGCUUGGAGGAGGAAGAUUACUAUUGAUAUUUUAAAUUCCUUAUCGGCAGCAAGAUUAGCAAGGGCAAUUUCUACACAGUUUAGAGAUAAAUUAAAAUCAUCGCAUGACGCUUUUCAGACUGCUCUAAGAUCUCUGGAGAAUUAUUACUUGGGGAAACUAGAGAGGACCGAGGAGCAGAGGAUAGCUAUACGAAAAUACCACGCGCCCAAACUAGCCAAACUCGCGUUAGAAUCCACGUCAAUGAUGGACGCGAUUCGUUUUGGGGUUCCCCAUUAUAGCAAGGAGAUUGGCAGAGGACAAUACGGUGUGGUGUUCGCGUGCGAAGGUUGGGGCGGAGCACCAGGACCGUGUGCGGUAAAAUCUGUUGUUCCACCGGAUGAAAGACAUUGGAACGAUCUCGCGAUGGAAGUUUAUUAUACCAGAUCGAUACCGGAUCACAAAAGGAUAGUGAAGCUUCGCGGAUCGGUCAUAGAUCAGUCAUACGGAGGAGGAUUUGGAUUAGGCGCUGCAGUUCUCUUAAUCACCGAUCGGUUGAGCCGCGAUUUGUACUGUGGUAUACACGCUGGUCUUUCAUGGUUGGAACGUAUACAAAUAGCAAUAGACGUGUUAGAGGGAAUACGCUAUCUUCACUCGCAAGGCCUAGUUCAUCGAGACAUCAAAUUAAAGAAUGUUUUACUUGAUAUGGAAAACAGAGCUAAAUUAACUGAUCUCGGAUUUUGUAUUACCGAAGCUAUGAUGUCGGGGAGUAUUGUAGGAACACCGAUUCACAUGGCACCGGAACUUCUGUCUGGUCAUUACGAUAGUAGCGUCGAUGUCUAUGCUUUCGGAAUCUUGUUUUGGUAUAUAUGUGCUGGGAAGGUUCGAUUGCCAUAUGCAUUUGAGCAAUUUCAUAACAAGGAGCAAUUAUGGGCUAAUGUAUUGAAAGGUCUUAGGCCUGAGAGGUUACCACAUUUUGACGAAGAAUGUUGGACACUAAUGGAACAAUGCUGGUCCGGAGAGUCAUCCAAACGACCAUUGCUCGGUGCUAUUCAACCAGUGUUAGAGUGUAUCCAACAAAAAGCAGAAAGAGGCAAGUCCUUACAACUCGGCACAUUGAAAUUACAAGAGAGUUCAUUAUCUGAACAAACAAAUCCUGCGCUAGCAUUAGCAGAGCCUAAUAACCAAAGAGGUGCUGUAUUUAGUCCAUUUCUUCUUAGACGAAAAACUUUUAGAACUGUGAAUCCUGUCACACUACCUUUUCACACAACUAAAUUUUUCCAAAUGAGUAUUUAUUCUCAUAUGAUUGUUCAAAUGCGAGAAUUUUGACCAAGAAUUGAAUAUAUUCACGCUAUGUCAUAUUGUCUGUUAAAUAUAGGCUAUUGAUAUAUUUAUUACUUGGAAUGCUCUUGAUAUACGGGUCACACAUUCUUAUUUUCACUGAUUUAACAAUGGCUUUAAUAGUAUUUUAGUACAGUAUUAAAGUGGCGAAUUUUACAUGUCUGAGUUGCGCCUUUUUUUUUGCACAGAACACAGCAUAUAUUUAUUCUUUUUCCUCUUUUAUAAAGUCACAUUGUUAACAUAUGCAAAAUAUAACACAAUUUAUAAUGAUCAAGCCGUGCUCAUGAAGUCAUUCCAGAGAUAGUAUAUCAACAAUAAAUUUUACAGAUUAUAUUUUAACGUUUUCAUACUUUACGAUCAUUACAUAUAGAAGGUCUUUGCAAGUUUUAUAUUACAUAUAUGUAUAUAUAAACAUCUUGUAAAUAUCUUUAUUGAUAGUUAACAAAAUGCAUGUUGUUUUUUUAUAUAAAAACGUUUAUUGUUAUAAAGUAUAGUAUUUUAAUUGUUAAAUUAUUUCUUAAAACUCGCCUGAUUGUGAUGACUGCAUGAUUUUAUUAAACCGGGAAAUACAGAUGGUUAACCAUAAAUGUAUAUAUUAUUGAAAAAUAAAUAAAGUUUCUCACUUUUAUACUUGCUAUUGACACAUACUCAUUUUGUCUA